AAUCUUGCACACUUGAUGGCAGCUUAUAGUGCUGUAAUUUCUCUUAUUCGAACUCUUGACGAACGAAAUAUUCAUGAACUCUUUCAUGAUCACACUGCUGAAGCACUCGAUUCUCUUCGUGCUAUUGCUGAAUAUUUCGAAAAAGUUCUUGAUGAAUUUGAACCUGGAAAAAUCAAAUCUUUGGAGGAAAAAAUCAGAGAUGCUGCUAGUGAGGCAGAAGACGUUGUUGAGCUGAAAACUCAUCAAAUCAUCGAAGGGACAAACUGGACUUUUGGAAUUUUACAACACCAGGAAUUGCUACCAGUUUUUGAAAAAAUGGAUACAAUAAAGAAACAAGUGAUGGAGAUUGUUUCUCAUGAUGCUGAUCAAAUUCUUGAAUCAUCCGGGGAUUCCAUGAUUGGCCCUUCUUCUAAAAGUUAUGCAUUGCUGUCAGAUAAGUUGGAAGAUGAUAUCGUGCGGGGAAUUGAUGAUGACUUGGAGAUCAUAAUUAAAAGACUGACAGGACCACCAUCGGAUCUAGACAUUGUCACAAUAUCAGGUAUGGGUGGCAUUGGCAAAACAACACUCGCUAGAAAAGCUUAUGAUCAUCUCACAAUCAGGUAUCACUUUGACAUUCUUGCUUGGGUUACAAUAUCUCAAGAAUUUCAAUGUAGAAAUGUAUUGCUAGAAGCUUUACAUUGCAUUUCAAAGAAAACAGAUAUUGUGAACGCAAAAGACUAUGAUAAGAUGGAUGACAAUGAGUUAGCUGACCUGGUGCAAAAGAACCUUAAGGGUCGAAGAUACCUUGUUGUUGUUGAUGAUAUUUGGAGUAGGGAUGUUUGGGAUAGUAUAAGAGGAAUAUUUCCUAAUUACAACAAUGGGAGUCGAAUCUUAUUGACUACUAGGGAAAAUGAGGUAGCAAUGUAUGCAAAUAGUUGUAGCCCUCAUGAGAUGAGCCUUUUGAGUGCAGAAAAUGGUUGGAAGUUAGUUUGUGAUAAGGUGUUUGGACCAAAACAUGAUCAUCCUCCCGAAUUGGAAGAAAUUGGAAAGGAAAUAGUAGAAAAAUGCCAAGGACUACCCUUAACAAUUUCAGUGAUUGCAGGACAUCUCUGUAAAGUGGCCAGGACAUUAGAAGGUUGGAAGGAUGUUGCCCGAACCUUAAGUGAAAUCAUUGCUAGUCAUCCAGAUAAAUGCUUAGCAGUGCUCGGUUUGAGUUAUCACCACUUGCCUAAUCACCUCAAACCUUGUUUUCUAUCUUUGAGUAGUUUCCCAGAGGAUUUUCAGGUUGAUACUCGGAUAUUGAUCCAAUUAUGGAUUGCAGAAGGUUUCGUACGGACUUCCGAAAAUGGUAAAAGUUUGGAGGAAGUGGCAAUAGAUUAUUUGGAGGAUCUUAUUAGCAGGAACUUGAUACAGGCUAGAGAAAGGAGAUUCAAUGGUGAGAUAAAAGCGUGUGGAAUACAUGAUCUACUGCGUGAGUUCUGUUUGACAGAAGCUGAAAUGACAAAGCAUAUGCAUGUUGAGAGAACUUACCCUACUCUUCCGACACAAAUGCAUAAUGUUCGUCGCUUCAGUUUUCAAACUGAAUAUUAUUCCGUUGAUGAUUGUUAUAAGCUAUUACCUCCUGCUUCUAGAUCUAUCUACUUAUUUUCUCGAUUGGAUCUACCUAAUUUACCCCGUAUUAAGCUUCAGAGGAGAUUUCCCAUCUAUCAUUGUGAUCCUAUAAUAUAUGAAUUUUUCUUGCAUUUCAACCUUCUCAGGGUGUUGUCCAUGAACAAUACAUAUCUUUAUUUCAAAUCAUUUCCGCUUGUGAUUACAAAGUUGUUUCGUUUGAGAUAUGUCCUAGUUAAAUUUAAUGGCGAUAUUCCUGAAUCAAUUUCAGAGCUUCAGAAUUUGCAAACUCUAAUUUUUAGAAGUAAUAAUUUUUACGGUAGGACUUUUCCUGUAACGAUAUGGAUGAUGAGGAACUUGAGGUAUAUACAUCGAGAUACAUCCACUUAUUUACCAAGUCCUGGAACACAAAGUCUUGUGACAGGGAUGCCAAAUCUACAGGAAUUUUCUGGUCAUUGUACAAAUGAAGUCUUUUCUGGCAUUCCCAAUCUAAAGAGAUUGAUCUUUCACUUACCUUGUUUCGGAAAAAGUAUUCUCGAUCAGCUCCAAUUGGAUAUGUCCAGAUUGACAAAACUCGAAGCAUUCAAGUUCUAUGGUUCAAGUUUUUAUCGAUAUUCCUUCAAGAGGUUUCGUUUUCCAACAUCACUUAGGAGGUUGUCUUUACGGUAUAGAAAUGUCUUGUUAGAAGCUUUACGUUGCAUUUUAAAGUCAACAGAUAGUUUUAAUGCAAAAGAUUAUGAUGAUAAUGAGUUAGCUGACCUAGUGCAAAAAAAACUAAAGGGUCGAAGAUACCUUGUUGUUGUUGAUGAUAUUUGGACUAAAAAUGUUUGGGAUAGCAUAAGAGGAAUAUUUCCAAAUUACAAAAAUGGGAGUCGAAUCUUAUUGACUACUAGGGAAACUGAGGUAGCGAUGUAUGCAAGUACUUGUAGUCCUCAUGCGAUGAUCCGUUUGAGUUUAGAAAAUGGUUGGAGGUUACUUUGUGAUAAGGUGUUUGGACAAAAAUAUGAACAUCCUCCUGAAUUGGAUGAAAUUGGAAAGGAAAUAGUAGAAAAAUGUCAAGGAUUACCCUUAACAAUUUCAGUGAUUGCGGGACAUCUCUCUAAAGUGGCCAACACAUUAGAAGGUUGGAAGGAUGUUGCCCGAAACUUAAGUGAAAUCAUUGCUAGUCAUCCAAAUCAAUGCUUAGGAGUGCUCGGUUUGAGUUACUACCACUUGCCUAAUCGCCUCAAGCCUUGCUUUCUUUCUAUGAGUAGUUUCCCAGAGGACUUUCAGGUUGAUACUCGGAGAUUGAUCCAAUUAUGGAUUGCAGAAGGUUUCAUAAGGACAUCCGCUGGAAGUCGUAAAAGCUUGGAGGAAGUGGCAGAACAUUAUUUGGAAGACCUUAUUAGCAGGAACUUGAUACAAGCUAGAAAAAGAAGAUUCAAUGGUGAGAUAAAAGCAUGUGGAAUACAUGAUAUACUGCGCGAGUUCUGUUUGAUUGAAGCUAAAAUGACAAAUCAUAUGCAUGUUGAGAGAACUCACCUUACUCUUCCAACACAAAAGAAUAAUGUUUGUCGCUUCAGUUUUCAAACCGAAUCUUAUUCAGUUGAUGAUUGUUAUAAGCUAAUACCCCCUGUUUCCAGAUCUAUCUACUUAUUUUCGCGAUUGAAUCUACCUCUUCAACCCUGUAUUAAGCUUCACAGGAGAUUGCCCAUCUACCGUCAUGAUCCAAUAAUACAGGAAUUUUUCUCUCGUUUCAACCUUCUAAGGGUAUUGUCCAUCUUCAAUACAAAUGGAUAUUUCAAGUCAUUUCCACUUGUGAUUACAAAAUUGUUUCAUUUGAGAUAUCUCCAACUUCGAUUUGAUGGAGAUAUUCCUAACUCAAUCUCAGAUCUUCAGAAUUUGCAAACUCUAAUUUGUAGUAAAUAUUCUUUCUAUGUAAAUUUACCUAGGGAGAUAUGGAUGAUGAAGAACUUGAGGUAUAUAUGUAUGGGGGGAGUCACUUAUUUACCCAGCCCUAGAAGAGAAAGUCUUGUGACACGGAUACCAAAUCUUGAGGAACUUUCUGGUGUUUGUUUUACGAGUUGUACAAAUGAAGUCUUUUGUGGCAUUCCCAAUAUAAAGAGAUUGAUCAUUCAUGUACCUUAUUUCAGAAAACAAUUUCCCCAUCGGAAAUUGGAUCUGUCCAGAUUGACAAAACUCGUAGCAUUCAAGUUUAAAGGGUCAACUCUUUUUCAAUACACCAUCAAGGGAUUUGGUUUUCCAACAUCACUUAGGAGGUUGUCUUUAACUUUGUGUAGUUUUGUUUGGGCAGACAUGUCACCAAUUGUUAUGAUGUUGCCAAAUCUUGAAGAGCUCAAACUUAAACAUUGUCAGACCUUGAGUGAUGAACGGCGUGAUGAAUGGAGUGAUAAUUGGGGUUAUAAUUGGAUAUGGAGUGAUGAGUGGAGAUUAAGUGAUGAAGACAAGUUUAAAAGCUUGAAGUUGUUGCUAUUGAGUGGCUCAACUCUUACUCAUUGGGACGCUAGCAGUGAUAACUUCCCAAAUCUAAAAUGCAUUGUUCUGAAGGAAUGCCACUGGUUGCGAGAAAUUCCAGCAGAUUUUUGGGAAAUUUGUACAUUGGAAUUAAUUGAGUUACAUGAUUGCUGCACUAGUGCUGAGGACUCUGCAAAAAAUAUUGCACAAGAACAUGAAGAUAACAUGGGAAAUAAUUUCCUUAAGGUCGACAUCUAUAAUUACAGUAAGUUGUGA